UUUAGAGAAAUGGAAUAUAAAGGAAUAGAGGAACCACUUAUGAACAUAGCGAAUAUUUGUAGAAAUUUAUGAAACUUGGAGCUGCAAGAUGAUGAUGAAAUUGAAUUGGAGAGCUUUAAAUGUCUUGAAUGAAGUAUUGGCUUCACGAUCCCUAAAGAACAAGAAGCCUGCCCACGUUGAUUAGGAAACACUAUUGAAAAAAUUAACGGAGAGCUUGCUUUUUCUCAUUCAAAGCCAGUCGAAGGGAUACAUGUUGACUAUAAUAAUCCUUCAGUCUCAACUCCAUCUAGAAUAGCAGACCAAAGAAGAUUGCAAGCUCAAAAAACAUUUAAAGAUCGGAGAAGUUUGCUAGCUCAAAGAAGAAAGAAAAACGCUCAAAGAAGAAGGCAAGAAGAUCAAAGAAAAAGGCAAGAAGCUCAAAGAAAAAAGCAAGAAGCUAAAAUUUAGAGCUCAAAGAAGAAGAAUUCAAAGAAGAAGAGAAAUAGCUCAAAGAAGAAGUCAAAUAGCUCAAAGAAGAAGAUUAGAAGAAAUAAAAAGGCAAACAGAAGAAGCUGAAACAAUUCAAAGGUUCCCUCACACCGAAGCUACAAUGCCUAUCUCCAAAAUUCCAUUAAAAGAGUUAAAUGAAAUAAGCAUUACCCCUGAUCAUUACUAUACUGAAGGAGGAAGGAUGAACCCCCCAACAUGCACUAUCUGCUAUGAAAACAUGCUCACCAAAGCCAUAAAACUCCCUUGCAGCCACCUCUUCCACUCAGACUGCCUCUCACUGCUCCUCUCCAGGCACACAACUUGCCCUCUCUGCCGUGAGCCCAUCCAGUAAAAAUUCUUCAAAUCAGUCAUAUUUCA